AUGAUACUGAGACGAGCUUAUUUAGAAACAUUCAGGGAAUAUGUUGAUAACUGCUCCAUUAGUGGUGUUAAACAGAUGUGGGAGACGAAGAGUGGGGUAAAGCAAAGACUAACGUGGGCUGUUAUCUUCAUGAUAAUGGCUGCAGCUAUGGUCUACUUCCUUCAUUCUGUGUGGUAUGAAAGCCUCGGAAAUCCCCUUGUGGUAACCAUGGAAUCUUCCACCUACCCCAUAUCCAAGAUUAACUUCCCAGCUGUAGCGAUAUGCAACAUCAACAGAAUCAGUACGAGAGCCUUAAUCGACUACACCAAAAAAAUAUACCCAUUACUAGCUAAACAUAACGAGUCAUUCGAGGAGGUUCUAGCAUUCUCCUCUCAAUUAGGAAGACUUCUUGAUUACACAUACAAUUCAACUCUACGCAACCAUCCAUUCGUUGAUGCCUUCAAUUCGCAACUGAAUAAUACAAUGGCACUUGUCGAUAUUAUGAAAAUGCUGGCGCCAUCUUGCGACGAAAUGCUAAUGAAAUGUUUUUGGGGAGGCAUGCAACAAAAAUGUGAAAACAUUUUCAGUGUUCGACGAACGAUACAUGGCCACUGCUGUGUAUUUAAUUAUAUUCUUGGUUAUGCAUCAGCUGAUAGACCAGACCGCACAUUGGACACGGCAAAACAUCAGCACAGAGCUGGCAAGUACUUUGGACUUUUUGUUCUCUUGGAUUCUAUGGCUGAUGACUACUCCUAUAACCUGUACAGCAGAAAGGGAUUUGAGAUACUGAUAUUCGACCCGAUCCAUUUUGCUGACCCGAACGGCGGGAGAGUGAUCCAACGCACAAUUCAACCCGAUCAAGAGAGAAAAUGUCUAUUUAACGACGACAAGCGUGAAAAAUUAAGUAAAAUGUAUUCGUACAGUGCCUGUGUAGUGAACUGUCGAGUGAGGACUAUGGAAUCGCUUUGUAAGUGCACACCAUAUUACCUACCUGUGUCUUUAAAAGGAAGGAGGGUUUGCACAUUGGACGAUCUCAGAUGUCUCAAUAAAUAUAAAGAAAAGUUUUUCUACUUAUACCCGACGGGUGAAACAAAUUUUGAUGGUCUCGAGGUUGAGGCGGUAAACUCGCUAAGCUGUCCUGAAUGCCUGCCUGACUGCGAGCAUACGCAACAUUUCACCGAACAUAUGAAGUUUCAGCUGACGGCAAAUAGUUUCAAGAAUAAACUAUUCCCUAAAUUGGCCAUUAGUUUUCCCAGGGACGUUAAUACCACGGGAAAAUGCAUGAUAAGCAUUUAUCAAUCUACACAUUUUGGAGUAUUAAACCGCUUAGAUGUUGUAUCAUAUUGGUUCGAAGUUGUUAGUAACAUCGGCGGCUUUUAUGGCAUUCUCAUCGGUUACUCAAUAAUAACCAUUCCUGAAAUAUGUUACUUUUUUAUAUUUCGGUUUUCAGUUCGCAUAUAUAACUUCUAUGUAACAUAAAAAAAUUACUAACU